GGUUUGUCGAUGCUAUGGCUGUGGCUAUGCUAUGUCGUGUCGAUGCUAUGGUAGGUAACCGUUGUAUAGGUUAUAAUCAUAUUGUACCUAGUUUAUACAAUAUUUUAUUAUAAUUGUGUCUGUAGAGUGCCAGGUUUUAGUUUAUUAGCUUAGAUUAAAGGUGAUUAUGAAACUAAGAAGUCAAAGGAUGCAUAUUCAUCGGUAAAUAUGCUCGAGAGAGUAGUGGGCAGAAUGUUUAGAUCCGCUACCAGAAGUAGUCAGGAAACUCGGACCGAAGAGAAGAUGGGACCGAGCGGGAAUUCAGGAGAUGACAAGGCUGUGCCCACUCAGAGUCCUGGGGAUAUUGAGAUUGACAACUCGAAUCAUGUGCUGGUGAAGAUAGCGACGUUAUAUGCUGAAAGGUUGAUGAACGAUAUUUGCCUUGUGGUGCAAGGCAUUGAAUAUCCCGCGCAUCGACUCAUACUAUGUGCUUCCAGUGAAGUUUUCCAGGUGAUGCUGAUGAACCCGCAAUGGUCCGAGUCGCACUUGAGCCGAGUGGAACUGAAGGAGACUCCGGCCUGUGCGGCCAUCUUUGGUCAGUUUCUGCGCUACUUCUACACGGGACAAAUACGCAUCAACCAUCUCACCAUUAUGCCUGUGCUGGCUCUCGCUGAUAAGUACAAUGUCAAGGACCUGAUAACGCUGUGCGUAGACUACAUGUGCGGUCAUAUAGCUCAUGCUGCCACACACAAUCAACUCAUAUCCUGGUUCCAGUACACUCUGUCUCUCGGACAUUACCAAGUUGCUCAGGCGUGCCAAAAUUUUGUAAAAUGGAACUUAGAAAUAGUAGCGGAAACUAGCGACUUUGGCAAUUUCCACCACGAGAUACUGGCACGACUAUUGCAGCAGAACGAUCUCGUUGUGCACAAUGAGAUGACUGUUUUCAGAUGCGUAGUUCGCUGGCUAGAGUUGCAACACGAACAGUUGCUACAGAGUUGCAGUAGCAUGCAAUCGGACGAGGGUGAUGCUGGUUGCUCGAGUAGUUGCACGGAUGGUUGCACUGAUGGUUGCACUGAUGGUUGCACGAGUGAUAGUUGCAGCAACCAGGUUGCAGAGGAGCAGAACAACAUGGUUGAGGCUCAGAUGGAAGCAUUGGUUGAGCAGGUGAUGUCGCAUGUGAGGUUUCCGAUGAUGUCACCCAGACAGCUGGCCGAAUUACUCAUGUCUCCACUAACCAAAAAGUACAAGGAGUUCUUCAUAGAGCGCAUGGCUAUUGGCAUGUCCUUUCAUUCCGGUCACACAGACCGCAUCCAGCAGAUAGUCUAUGCGAGCGAGGGAGACACCAGUAGUGGGCGAGAGGGAGAGGGCAGACUGCUGUUCACACCUCGGCUGUACACGGCAGACAAUUGGAGUUCACUGCUCACUGUGGAGAAUUUCGGCGCAUUGCAGGCUUACCAUACACGAACACUGGUCUUCUCGUCACAUGCCGGCUUAGCCGAGUGCAACGGAGAGAGGUCUUGUGAGUGGGUGGUGGACUUGUACCCGAAAGGGGUGUGGUUUCGCAAGUACUUUCUGAUCGUGUGGCAGGGAACUGUUGAAGUGCCCGAGAGUGUGCUGAGAACGGUGAGACUGUCAAUCACCUGCAAGGAUCCACCUGAAAGCGAAGAUCUCAGAGUCAAGGUUGGCAUCCUGAUAAACGGAAUUCAAGAUGGCGUCGAACACGUGAUGUCGGUGAUGCAGCGAAACCAUCGCUUCAGCGAAAAGGAGAAAGUGCUCAAUCUGGACGAUAUCCUCGCGUUCGACGAACUCAACCAAGUGUGUUCAUUUCCCCCCUCCUCCUCCGCCUCAGCCCCCUCCUCCUCAGCCCCCUCCUCCUCAACGAACAAAGCAGCAGGUGAGCCAUCACCCUAUCUGGUGGGACCAAAUCGCGACAUUUUGAAAAUUCACAUCAUCAUUGCUCCGCUGUGCGAGUUCUCUAGCAUAGAGCCACCCGAUCAGACUCUCAUUGUACCUACUAGGUAGACUCUACCUACCUACCUACCUACCCUACACUCACACAGUGUGGUGAGAUUCACUCUAUACUGUCAACUGGUUUGAAUGGACAAGCGUUUCUUGUUCUCCCAUCAUUCUUAGGGUCAAAUCAUUGUUUUUAAAUUAUUAAUUAUUUUUAGUUUUUUUAUUAAUUUUAUUAUAAUAAAAGAAAGAAAUGGCUUAUACACGGACGAGAUUGAUGAUAUUCUUAUUAAAAACUGUAUUUAUACAGUAAUAGUAAGAUCUAUUAUCUAAUAAAGGAAAGAAUUGGCUUCUAGACGAAGGGGAUAGACAGCGAGUAUGGUGACGUCACCAAUGUACACGACCAAAGCAAGCAGAUUGUCGAGUCGCUGCUCGCUACAAUUGACACCCACAAAAAGAAAAUCGCCUCAUACAAGAACCAAGUAGAGGAGUUGGAGGAGAUGAAUGCAGACUUGGAGGACGAUCUGAGACAGGAGCUGGCGGUCGAGUAUCGGACUCAAAGUGUUGACAUCUUCGAUUACAAUAGCAACAGCAACAGCAUUGUGCUAGAUGCGGACGAAUAGUCAAACGAAUGACGGAGCAGGAGCUCAAGAACCACUCCGACCUCAAACAGACCAUCAUAAAUCACUGCAAUACUGAUGAUUUACAGAGCUUAACAAAAAACGUCCACAAAUUGAGUCAACAUGAUUGUGAAAAUCGCCUCAUACAAGAACCAUCAUCGCCACCACCUGCCCAGAUUCUGAAGAAUUUGCAGUCAGAAAUGAACAUGACAAGCCCCGCAGUGAGCGGUUGUUGACGCUCACCACGUCUCGCUCAACCAAACGCUAUGCCUCAAAUUUCCAUGGAAGAAUUUCCUGAUAUUGGUGAA